GGGUAAAAUCGUCCUGUACAGAGCAGCUGCCCUAACAAAUCAUCAUUCUCCAGGGUUCACCUGUAACUAGAAAAGGUAUCAAAUCCGAUGAAGACCCGCCAAAGUGAACUGACAAUCAUAUCGUACAUAUCGUGCAGAGGACGUCGAAGAACGUUUCCAGAUCAAUAGCAUUCGCCAUACUACGACACUGACACCACAAAAUCUACACGCACCUUUCCAACCAUCAUAUACAAUACUCUGCCGACUUCUCAUUCAACUUCCAUCCCGUAUAUCAAGCGGCACCGGCACACAUACAUACCUACCUUCCAAAAUCCAAGGCGGGGUGAAUAGCUAUGGAUGUUCUUGAGAAGGAGAUCAUUAAGCUGCAGAGGGACUCCAGCUUUGAUCAGAGCAUUGAGGAUGUGGAUAAGAUCAUACAGCAAUUGGAAAAAGCAAGAGGUGCUAUUGAAUCAGAACCUCAGUUCGCUUCCAUAACUUUAACCAAACUCCAGCACCCGUUGAAGAAUGGUUUUGAGAAAGUGAAUGAUGAUAUAAAGAAGAUCCAUAAAGCACAUGGGACCUACAGCAAAGCAGUGAACUCGAAUCUCCCAAAACAAACAUUACUCAACGAAAUCGAUGCUCUUGCGAAUCAUACCGAACUUGUCAAUCGAGCUAUUACCAUGCAUCUUUUACGCGAAGGGCAAUUCGGAGUAGCAUCAACAUUUUACGAAGAGUUGCAAAAUAUGAAAAAGAAUGGCUCGGGUCCAGGAGCAGGUCCAAACUUGCUUGCGCCAGAGAACGAGACUGUGGACGAAGGACUCCAAGGCGAAUUCGAAACCAUGUAUAAUAUAUUACACCAGCUCAAGGAGCGGAACCUUCAUCCAGCAAUAGAGUGGGCACAAAAGAACAGCAGAGAACUCGAAACUCGAGGUAGUAAUCUUGAAUUCGAACUCAGCAAACUUCAAUUUGUUUGGUUGUUUCUGGGCCCUGAGGCAAACGGCCUCCCGGAUGAUGAAAACAAUGGUCUACCAGGUGCACUUCAAUACGCUCGUGAUUACUUUCCUCGAUUUCAAAGCCGGUUCCUCAAGGAAAUUCAACAACUUAUCACAGCCAUGGUAUUCGAAUCCAAUCUUCAAAAAUCCCCUUAUCGGCAAACUUUCGACACCUCCAGCUCCUGGUCUGACGUCUGCACCUCCUUCACCCGCGAAUUCUGUUCGCUUCUAGGCCUCUCUGCCGAAUCUCCCCUUUAUCUCGCCGCAACAGCCGGGGCCAUCGCUCUCCCUACCCUCAUAAAACUCGCUACAAUUCAGAAAACAAAACGUACAAAUUGGACAACGGAUACAGAACUUGCGGUCGAGAUACCAUUGCCGGGAAGCAUGAUAUUCCAUCCAAUUUUCGUAUGCCCAGUGAGUAAGGAGCAAACGAAUGAAUCGAAUCCACCAAUGAUGUUACCCUGUGGUCAUGUAGUUGCGAAGGAGAGUUUGCAGAAAUUGAGUAAGGGUGGGAGGUUCAAGUGUCCCUAUUGUCCAGUUGAGAGUCAGCUGAAGGAGGCAAGGCAGAUCUACUUGUAGGGCGAGGGUAUGGAAGUGGGAAUGGGGACGGUUUCCUGAUGAACAGAAGUAAUGUUAAUGUUUAUGUUUAUGACAGGCGUUGGUUUUGGCUUAUAUAUGGAUGGCUGAAUGGUUAGGUGGGUUGGCAUGUAUUAGGAUAUGGCAUUAAAGAACAGGAUGGGACGGGAUGGGACAGGGCGUUUUAUGGGAUAUGGGACAUAGGACAUAGGACACACGCAUACAUGUUACGAUUGUUGAAGUGUAUAUUUCAGAUUGUGCGAGCAACGAAACAGCGAUGAACCACGGAGGGGGAUUCUCACGCAUUUAACGUCAACUAUCUAGUCUACUUUGGAAUAGAAGAAUAAACGAACAAUGGCAGAAUCA